AUGCAUAAAACUUCGUCCGCUGCUGUGAUUAACUUUUUGAAAGUUGACUUUGCUCGUUUUGGUAUUCCGGAAACAGUUAUCACCGAUAACGGUCCUCAGUUUUUGGGAGAAUUUCGUCAAUCUGCACAAGAUUACAACUUUGAACAUGUCACUGUUAGUCCAUACCAUGCUCAAGCAAAUGGGCAAGCAGAGAAAGCAGUGCAUAUUUCAAAGAACAUUCUUAAACAAACUGAUUACAUUUCAGCUUUAAUGGCUUAUCGAUCAACACCAAUACCUAGUUUGGGUUUGAGUCCUUCUGUAUUACUGAUGGGAAGAGAGAUACGAACAACUCUACCUCAACUACAUGUGAAACUCAAACCUUAUACACCAAACCAGAAAGAUAUUCGAGUGGCUGAUAAAUCAUAUAAGCGAAAAGGGGAAGUGUAUUAUAAUUCAAAAUAUGGUGCAAGAAAUUUGAAAGAACUUAAACCGGGUGAUAAAGAGAAAAUUAAAUCUAAACAUGGGUGGGGUUCCACUGGAAGAAUUGUUAAAUGUGCUGGAACGCCUCGUUCAUAUAUUGUUGAAGUAAAUGGGAAAAUGUAUAGGAGAAAUCGACGUAACAUCUUGUAUGCGCCGCAUUCAUCAAUUUAUUCAGAUAUUGAAUUUGAUUUUGAUACUCAACUUAGUUGCAAUGUACAGCCAGAUGAACCGAUGAUAUUAAGGGAUGUGCAAUCAUCUACACAGGAGACUACACAGGGAGUCUUACGACGUUCUUCUAGGCGAAAGACUGUACCAGUCUGGCAUUCGGAUUAUGUUAUGAACUAA